CUGAUGUGAGCAUGGUGCGCUACGUUGUGGGCAUAUCAACUCACCAGCGUCAGUGAGGAACCUUACGAAGAGCCUCAGCAUGGAGCAGCGGCCGUCCAUGGACUUGGCGCUACAGCCCUUCGGUCAGAAAAGCACAGAGCAUACCGAUUUUGAAGACAAUCAAACCUACGCCUUAUACUGGAUUUUGUUUACAUUGAUCAAGCUACGGCCAUAUCUCAAGAGACUGUUAAACACAGUAGACCAGACUAAAAUGAAUAAUGACUUUAGUCUAGCAAUGGUGCCGAUGUUGACUUUUAAAAACAUACAAGAAUAUAUCGAGAGGCCAUUGGACUCACCAGACCAGAAUAUGACGAAAAAUUAUGCUUACCUGACAAGAAAGCUGGCCCAGGAUUUGGAAAUCAAAUCACAGCAACCAUGGAACCAGGUGGCAAGUGUUGUGAGUGUUCUGUGCAAAUGUCUUGAGCAGAAUCAGAUCCGGUCUGAGCGCGAAGAUAAGUGCAAUUCUAGUUCCAUGAUAACGAACGGACUUUUGUGGUUGUGUGCAAAUACUCAAGAUCUGUCCGUCUUAUGCAGCGACCAGCAGUCUGGAAAGAAUCUGGCAAUCAAUUACUUUUUGAGAUAUGCAUGUAAAUGGUUGGUGCAACCAGUCAAGUGGCUUCUCGAAGUGUGCGGGGCAAGUGCCAAUUUAUUCGUAGACACGAUCUUAUUGACAAAGGAACUUCUAAGUAACCUCACCAUCGCCCGUGAGGCAUACGUUACUGCUUUAGAAAUGCAUGACUUAGCCGAUUGGUCGAAUAGAAGGAUGAAUGUAAAGAUGAGGUCCUUCCAGGGUGACAGGAUUAUUAGCGUUGAGUUCUGCGAGCUUUGUCGGCCAAGCCAGCCACUCGAAGUGAAAUUCUUACACACGUCCGGCAGCAGUGCCGAAGGAUUGACUGAUAUGGUUAUUGGCGAAGGGGGGACAUCUGACGUAGACGUGAUGUACGGGUGAGAAGCUGGCACCGCCAGGCGAGCGGGCGAUCGCUCCGCCUCCCACCAUCCUGAAGUAGCGCAUGCCGUGGGGACGUGAAGCUUCAACAUCUUUGGUAGAGGCAGUGCUGCAGGGAGACAACAGAGUGCUGCAGGGAGACAACAGCAGCGUCGCACCUGGCGCGACGACACUGCCAGGAGCUGUGCUGUGAUCACGUUCUGUUUGUUAUGGGAUGAUUGUUUGAAGAUGUGUAUAAUUUGUAGCUGUGAAUUGGUCAGUGUGAUUAACUUGUAAAACCUGAAAAGCUUUAUGCUACUAAUAGGAUUAAGUUCCCCGCACUUUCGCUGGUCUCGCGAGCUAGCCAGUAGCCAGCUGCUGAGCAGAGCCGCCGCGCCGCUGGCAGCGGCUCAGUGUGCGUCUAGAGGGGGGGGGGAGGACGGAGGCGUGCCUCCGGGUCGCAAUCGUGUCACCGCAUUGCAUUGACCGGUCAAACCACGUGGAUGUAUAGUCAUUAGUCGGCCAGCUAGGUCGUGUUGAUGAGGGGAGUUGGGUGGGAGGGUGUACCGGCAAGGCGAAGCGUGUGAACAUGAUGCAUAGUUAGGUUCAAAGCGCAACAUUUAUUUAGAUAAAAGUAUCUUCUAAAUCGACACGAUUCUGGUCGGCAUAAGGGAAUUGUUCGGUCGCGUGUUUGUGCAGAUCACGAGCACAUUUCGU